UCCCAGCUGGUUGGAAAAAGCUUGACAGAGGGGGGGGUGACCGGUAGACGUGUGUCUUAGCGGUUCUCUUUAUGAUUAAAUAACAUUUACUUUCGACGUUGUAUGCAUGAAUGCAAGUGAAAACAGCGUGGGAUCGUAUCCGUCCUGUCGGUAAAAACCGAUUAGCUAGCUUAUUCUUCUUCUUUUUUUUAUUUGUACAAAUAAUAAUUCAUCGUUUUGGUUAUCCAGUUGAUCAGACGUGUCGGUCUUGUUGAUUUUUUUUAUUUAUCUCGAUUAUCCGGCUAGACAUUUUCAGAUAAAGAAGGGGAUUAAUUGGACUAGUUACCGACAGUACGAUGAGUACCUUGGAUUCCGUGGAUCGAGUUGAACUGUGCGACAGCCUUUUGACAUGGAUCCAAACGUUUGGAUUGGAGGCACCAUGCAAAACAGUGGAAGAUCUCACAAGUGGGGUUGUCAUGGCCCAGGCCCUACAGAAAAUAGACAUUGUGUAUUUCACUGACAACUGGAUCAGUAGGAUCAAGCCUGAGGUGGGAGAUAACUGGCGGCUCAAGAUCAGUAAUCUAAAGAAGGUGUUGAAAGGUAUACUGGACUACAACCAGGAGGUCCUUCAACAGCAGAUCAACGACUUCACCCUGCCAGACAUCAACCUGAUAGGAGAACACGCAGACGCUGCAGAGCUGGGCAGGAUGCUACAACUCAUACUAGGCUGUGCUGUCAACUGUGAGCAGAAACAAGAAAACAUCCAGACCAUAAUGAUGCUGGAGGAAUCGGUUCAACAUGUUGUCAUGACAGCCAUUCAAGAGCUGAUGAGCAAAGAGUGUCCAGUUAUUGGAGGAAAUGAAUCGUACGCUGACAUCGAUAGACAGCUGAAGAGGACAGUGGAGGAUCUGAACGAGGCUCUAGCCACCAAGGAGGAGAUCGCACAGAGAUGUCACGAGCUGGACAUGCAGGUGGCAGCACUACAGGAGGAGAGGGGUAGUCUCCUGGCUGAGAACCAGAUCCUCAUGGAGCGUCUCAACCAGUCGGACUCCAUAGAAGACCUGAACAGCCCUGUAGGACGCAGACACCUGCAGCUACAAACACAGCUAGAACAUGUCCAGGAGGAGACCUUCAGGCUGGAGGUAGCGAAGGAUGACUAUCGUAUCCGCUGUGAGGAGUUAGGAAAGGAACUGACAGAGCUGAGAGGACAGAAUGAAGAGCUCACCUCCCUGGCUGACGAGGCCCAGUCACUGAAGGACGAGAUGGACGUACUCCGACACUCGUCGGACAAGGUGUCCAAGCUGGAGGUCAUGGUGGAGUCGUACAAGAAGAAGCUAGAGGACCUGGGAGAUCUGAGGAGACAGGUCAAACUGUUGGAGGAGAAGAACACUCUGUACAUGCAGAACACUGUCAGUCUGGAGGAAGAAGUACGCAAGGCCAACACCACGAGAGGACAGCUGGAGUCCUACAAGAGACAGGUGGUAGAGCUGCAGAACAAGCUGUCUGAGGAGUCGAAAAAGACAGACAAGAUGGAGUUUGAAUACAAGAGACUCAAGGAGAAGGUGGACUCUCUCCAGAAAGAAAAAGAUCGUAUGAGGUCAGAGAGAGACUCUUUGAAGGAGACCAUUGAAGAACUGCGUUGUGUUAAAGCUCAGAAGGAACAACUCUCUACAGGCAUGGUUCCACUCGGGAAUAACGAGGGCUCUGAUUCGCUGGCUGAAGAGAUCAUCACCCCAGAGAUCCGAGAGAAGCUGAUCAGACUGCAGCAUGAGAACAACAUGUUGAAGCUGGCCCAGGAGGGGUCCGAUAACGAGAAGAUCGCUCUGCUGCAGAGUCUACUGGAGGACGCUAACAGCAGGAAGAAUGAACUGGAGACAGAAAACAGACUGGUGAACCAGAGACUGAUUGAGGGUCAGAGUCAGGUGGAGGAGCUGCAGAGGAAUCUUCAGGAACAGGGCUCCAAAGCAGAGGAUUCAAUCAUUCUGAAGAAGAAGAAUGAUGUACACAUGGAGAAGUUACGGGAAGUGAACCGUGAACUGCAGAAGAAGAGUGCGUACAUCGAUGACUUGGAGCCCAAAUACACAUCUAGCUCCCAGAAAGUAGAGGAGCUAGAGGAAGCGCUGAAGAAGAAGGAUGAAGAUAUGAAGCAGAUGGAGGACAGAUAUAAGAAGUACCUGGAGAAGGCGAAGAGUGUUAUCCGGACCCUGGACCCUAAACAGAACCAAGGCUCAGCACCAGAGGUCCAGGCCUUGAAGAACCAGCUGCAGGAGAAGGAGAGAAUGCUGCACUCUCUGGAGAAAGACUACGACAAGACCAAGGCCCAGAGAGACCAGGAGGAGAAACUCAUAGUGUCUGCCUGGUACAACAUGGGCAUGGCUCUCCAGAAGAAGGCAGCAGAGGACCGUCUGGCCAGUACGGGUUCAGGACAGUCCUUCCUGGCCCGCCAGAGACAGGCUACCAGUACACGCCGCUCCUACCCCGGACACGUCCAGCCUACCACCGCCAGGUAGACACAGCACCGGGACCCCAGCACCCUGACCCUUCACCUUGAGUCCUGACCCUUCACCCUGAGUCCUGACCCUUCACCCUUCACCCUGACCCUCCAGGCCAGGUAGACACAGCACCGGGACCCCAGCACCCUGACCCUUCACCUUGAGUCCUGACCCUUCACCCUGAGUCCUGACCCUCCAGGCCAGGUAGACACAGCACCGGGACCCCAGCACCGUGACCCUUCACCCUGAGUCCUGACCCUCCAGGCCAGGUAGACACAGCACCGGGACCCCAGCACCGUGACCCUUCACCCUGAGUCCUGACCCUUCACCCUGACUCCUGUCCCUCCAGGCCAGGUAAACACAGCACCGGGACCCCAGCACCGUGACCCUUCACCCUGAGUCCUGACCCUCCAGGCCAGGUAAACACAGCACCGGGACCCCAGCACCGUGACCCUUCACCCUGAGUCCUGACCCUCCAGGCCAGGUAAACACAGCACCGUGACCCUUCACCCUGAGUCCUGACCCUCCAGGCCAGGUAGACACAGCACCGGGACCCCAGCACCGUGACCCUUCACCCUGAGUCCUGACCCUUCACCCUGAGUCCUCACCCUCCAGGCCAGGUAGACACAGCACCGGGACCCCAGCACCGUGACCCUUCACCCUGAGUCCUGACCCUUCACCCUGAGUCCUCACCCUCCAGGCCAGGUAGACACAGCACCGGGACCCCAGCACCGUGACCCUUCACCCUGAGUCCUGACCCUUCACCCUGAGUCCUGACCCUCCAGGCCAGGUAGACACAGCACCGGGACCCCAGCACCGUGACCCUUCACCCUGAGUCCUGACCCUUCACCCUGAGUCCUCACCCUCCAGGCCAGGUAGACACAGCACCGGGACCCCAGCACCGUGACCCUUCCACCCUGAGUCCUGACCCUUCACCCUGAGUCCUGACCCUCCAGGCCAGGUAGACACGGCAACAACUGACCCCAGCCCCGGAAUCCAUCAGUUAUCCACCAGACAGACCAGACGCCGCUCUCUAACGGGCGUCGGCUCUGCCAAGCAAUCCAGACAGUUCAGGAUGGAUUAAACCUGUUCUGUCCUCCUCUUCAGUCCUUCAGUUCAGGAUGGAUUAAACCUGUCCUCUGUUCUGUCCUCCUCUUCAGUCCUUCAGUUCAGGAUGGAUUAAACCUGUCCUCUGUUCUGUCCUCCUCUUCAGUCCUUCAGUUCAGGAUGGAUUAAACCUGUCCUGGACCGUUCCUCUGUUCUGUCCUCCUCUUCAGUCCUUCAGUUCAGGAUGGAUUAAACCUGUCCUGUAUCGUUCCUCUGUUCUGUCCUCCUCUUCAGUCCUUCAGUUCAGGAUGGAUUAAACCUGUCCUGUAUCGUUCCUCUGUUCUGUCCUCCUCUUCAGUCCUUCAGUUCAGGAUGGAUUAAACCUGUCCUGGACCGUUCCUCUGUUCUGUCCUCCUCUUCAGUCCUUCAGUUCAGGAUGGAUUAAACCUGUCCUCUGUUCUGUCCUCCUCUUCAGUCCUUCAGUUCAGGAUGGAUUAAACCUGUCCUCUGUUCUGUCCUCCUCUUCAGUCCUUCAGUUCAGGAUGGAUUAAACCUGUCCUGGACCGUUCCUCUGUUCUGUCCUCCUCUUCAGUCCUUCAGUUCAGGAUGGAUUAAACCUGUCCUGUAUCGUUCCUCUGUUCUGUCCUCCUCUUCAGUCCUUCAGUUCAGGAUGGAUUAAACCUGUCCUGCCGUUCCUCUGUUCUGUCCUCCUCUUCAGUCCUUCAGUUCAGGAUGGAUUAAACCUGUCCUUGUUCCUCUGUUCUGUCCUCCUCUUCAGUCCUUCAGUUCAGGAUGGAUUAAACCUGUCCUGGACUUCCUCUGUUCUGUCCUCCUCUUCAGUCCUUCAGUUCAGGAUGGAUUAAACCUGUCCUGGACCGUUCCUCUGUUCUGUCCUCCUCUUCAGUCCUUCAGUUCAGGAUGGAUUAAACCUGUCCUGGAUCGUUCCUCUGUUCUGUCCUCCUCUUCAGUCCUUCAGUUCAGGAUGGAUUAAACCUGUCCUGGACCGUUCCUCUGUUCUGUCCUCCUCUUCAGUCCUUCAGUUCAGGAUGGAUGAGUUCAUCUACCUGGAUCUUUAACUGACAGUAUUAUUAUGCACAUUUCUCUAAAACGUGUUACUGUUCUGUCAGGAAUCCGUCUAUCUAAUAACUGUUUUCAGAUUUCUUUUGUAACACAAUGUUAUGAGCAGAGAUGCAGUUUUCACAAAUUGGUAGCGGAUUGAUUUUUUUUAUUUUAUUUUUUAAAUCGUAGGAUAUUUUUUUGUAUCUCGAUCUGAUGCUUACAGGAUGUGAUGUAAUGCCUUGCAGUCAGUGACUGUCAGGACAUGUUUAGUAACAGAGAGGGAUAUGGUAUGUCUCUGAGUUGGUCUCGUUAGCUCUCCCGGUACCCUUUUUUUUAUAUGUGUUCAGUAACGCUGAGUGUGCUUUCCGUUUGUCUGUGUUAAGACAGUCUUGUUGUUGCCUGUAGUGGGAGAUUUGAAAGGUUAGUUGUAUAGAGGGGACUCCUCUAGCCUGUUGGCAAUGUAUUAGCUGUGGAAGAUAUUAAACAAGGUCUUUCUUCUUCAUCGUCAUCAUCAUCAUCAUUAGAAAUGUUAACAGUAGAAAGCUUCCUGUUUCUAAAUAAACCAUUUUUUAAAUUGC